AGCGGCGGCGGCGGGGAAUGAGCCAGGCCGGUGUUGCCCUCCCCUCGUGGUCCACCCACCUGUCAGCAAGUUCCUUUUGAACGGAGCUGAUGUCAUGCUUCCAGGCGUCGUGGUAAGGGAUCUGGCCUCGGUGGACUACGUGUUGGGGGAGAGGCGAUGCGUCAUGUCCAGCGGUAACCCCGAGCCGUACGCGGUGGGGGAAAUGAUCAAGGACAGAGAAGGCGUGGUGCACGGAGGCAUGAUCGGGAAGGGGCUGAAGGUUGUGCACUGCUACCUUGACUUUCUGUGGCAGAUGGGCCCUCAAACCCUGCCGAAUGAGGGCUUCCGACCAGACGGGGUUUACCGAUUACCGUCGGCAGGAGCGCAGAUCUCGGGCCAGGAGGAGCUCGUGGACGAUGGAGAGGUUGCCGACGAUUGGGAGGAUUUAUCACACCCCGCUGCAGCGGCUGGGGCGGCUGGGGCGGCUGGGGGAGGGGAGAGUGGCGGCGGCAGCGACGAAAAACUAGCGGCGGCGGUAGAGGGGUUAGAAGGAGUCUCGCUUGAGGACGCGGGGGGGGAGGGGGAGGAGCAGGAGGAGGAAGCGGUGGAAGUUGUAAGCGAACGGCUGUACGCGGCGUUCCUGAACGGUCUGAAGAAGGGCCUCAAGGACGCGCAGCUGCCGAUGCUGGUCAGCACGUUCUACUCGUCCGUGUUGCUGCCGUCGAGGCCACCGGGAACCUCGAUCGACGUCAAGAAGACCAGCUACCGGAAGAUUUCCAACUUCUUGCAGGAGAUGGAAGGGAGGGGGCUGGUCACCCUCAAGGUGACCAAGGGCGUGCAGUCGCUGGUGGGGGUGAACCGUGCCCAUCCCGACCUCCGCGCGUUCAAGGCCACCUCCGUCACGGCGGCGGCGCAGGCUGCGGCGGACGCGGCCGAGCUUGCCGCGGCGGAAGCGGGGGGCGGAGGAGCGACGGCGGCGGCGACGGCGGCGGGUGACGGAGAGACGUCCCUGAAAGCUUUCGAGCUGUUCAAGCUUUCCCACAACAUCAAGAAGAUGCUCGGGAGCGACGCGGCUUCGGUGAGAGGGAAGUUCGGCGAGUAUCUUACCCCCGCAGAGGCUCGAGACGUCCUUUUCGGGUACAUCAGGGCGGAGGGCCUCGACCACCCGACGGACAAGUCGCUCGUCGUCCUGAACGGCCCUCUGUGCGACAACCUCUACAAGCCGGUGAACAAGAAGGCGGCAAGAGUGGAGUACCCUACGGAGGCUAAGAAGGCCGAGCUACCGCGCCGGUUCCUCGAUCGACUACAGCUACACCAUGCCAUCCUUUUGCCGGGAAACCCGCACCCGUUCGUCGGGAGAGGAGGGAUCCCGUCCGUGUCGAUAGAAGUGGAGAAGCGACAAGGCAACAGGCAUGCGACCAAGGUGAGGGGGCUGGAGGCGUAUGGCAUCGACCCCUCCACGCUCGGGCGUCAAGUCCAGAAGCGCUUCGCGUGCAGCACGGCAGCGCAGCCGGCGCCGGGCACGAACGGGAAGUACCAAGAGCUGAUGCUGCAGGGACACCUGGCGUCCGAGCUAGAGGACCUGCUGUCGGAGGAGAUGGGCAUCCCGCGGCGGUUCUUAACCACCGGCUUCUCUAAGGGCGCCAAGCCGAGGAAGGCACGGUGAUGACAACGGUUGGUGAUGUCGAUGAUGUCGACCCGUUCUGAUGUGAAGUAGAAUGAUCGAGCCCUCUUUGGAUGGGCACCUCUAUGGAUGGAUACGCCGGAGAAGCUAGGAUAUCGCACGGAUCCUCCCGGAGCUACGCCUCUUGUUCAUCGUGGUUCUGGGGUAUUACUGAGGCACCCCCGGGGCAUCAAGCCUUCGUUUGGCGCUGCGGCGGGCGUGAGGCGAUUAUGCCAUGGGUCGGGUUUCCGGUGCUCUUGUCGGUGGAUGCUCUGAGGCCAUAGUUCCAGCAGUCAACAGCAGCAGUGGCAUCGCGUCUUUCUCCAUCCUUCAGCUUGCCGAUGACAUGCAUGCGAAAUCCAUCCGCAUCAUCAUCAGCCAACAGGAAGGAUGUGCGCGAUUGAAACGUUUCACUUCCGACAAUGCAGCAGCACGAUAUGAAGAUGGGACGGCCCCGGCAUCAGCAUGUGCAAGCGUGGCGUGGUGACUCUACACACGGUCUCCGACACGGCGUUCGCCGCAUGUCUGACACGAAAUAGCGAGGGCGGUUACCUGUUGUAUCUACGGUGGUGAAUCUGAUGAAGUUGAAGGCCUGGGCGUGUGCCGGAGGGUGGGGCGUGAAGUACACCCUGCGCGGUUGCGCCUGGUGUCCCUUUUGUUGUGUCGUUGCUCUCACCGUGGUGAGGAAAGAAGAGUGUUUUGUUGUGGACGUCGCAUGUUGUCCUCCGCGGGUGGAUGUUUGGCCAUCUAAGGGUUCAUCACGUAACAAACAUGCAAGAGGCUGCCAGAGGCUUCGUUCACGCAGGCUCGAUACGAAUGCUCAUAGACCAAGCAAGCUGGUUGAACACGGAUGAGAGGCGACCCAAGGUCAACGUGCUACUUGCGAGGCUUCCUCUGCUCACCACAUGGCGUGUGUGAUUAUCCCCCAGGUUAGUUGGCAACAAACACAGCAAGCGGUGGUUGCAAC